CUGACCUCUAUACAUAUUUAUAGAGCUCAGCGACAAAAACUUGUUUCUUAAAUACCGUCGAAUCUUUAAAAAUAUAUAUGUCACAACAUCAAAAAAUGUCAAAAAAUAUAACCAUGUCAAAACAUUGUAAAAUACAAGUGGACACCAACCUGUUUUACUAGAGAAACCUAAUAGAUUUUGGUGAUGGCAUUAAAACCUACAACAUGUAAAGAAGCUAUUGCACGAUGGGAGAAAGAGAAAGAAGAAGUGGCUACAGAGGCAAAAGUUAUAGAGCUACAAUUCCAGUGGCCACCGAUCGAGAAAAUGGACGGAGCGCUCUCAACGCUUGUUAAUUGCGAAAAACUAAGUUUAUCAUCCAAUAUGAUUGAUAAAAUCGCCGGAAUCGCUGGAAUGCGAAGUCUGAAGAUCUUAUCCCUUGGGAGGAACUACAUAAAAUCUUUGGCGGGGAUCGAAACCGUUGCUGAAACAUUGGAAGAGCUCUGGAUAAGUUACAAUCCGAUCGAUAAAUUAAGAGGAAUUGGUGUGAUGAAAAAUCUACGCGUACUGUACAUUUCUAACAAUUUGAUCAAAGAAUGGGUGGAAUUCAAUAGAUUGCAGGAAUGUCCAGCGUUGAGAGACUUAGUAUUUAUUGGAAAUCCUCUGUGUGAGAAUCAGCCUGACGUGGAAACUUGGCGCACUCAAGCUUCCAACAGAUUGCAACAGAUAACAAAGCUAGACGGAAUACCUAUAGUCAGAGAAACUGAUUAAAUAAAUAUUCAUUAACGUUAAUACGCUAAAUAAAUAAUAGCAAACAAUAAUUCACUCAUUUUUUUACAUUUUGUGAUGAAGAAAUGCCGAAAUUCAUUAGAAGAAAACCAUUAAUACGAAUAGAAAACAAUGCGUACGUAGGUCCGUCAUCAUUAAAAAUGGUAAUAAGUACCUAUUCUUGUGUCUUUGAUCCAAAUCUAACGCAAAAGAUGCUAAACCAUAUCACACCUGGGCCGUUAUUUUGACAAAUACUUUUUGGUUAUUUUGUAACAUCUGACAUUUAAAAAAAUACAGCUGCAAAUAUAAUUGAAUGGUAUUUGCCUGAUCAAAAUAUUUAAAAGUAAAUCAAACAAUUUGCUGUGACAUUUUGAAGAAAUUAUGGUUAUUACGGAUAUACUCGGCUCGUAAUAAGUCAAUUAUAUUGCGGUAGAAACAUCAACGGUCAUCGGCCCUUUGAAUGAAUUAUUUCGAAUUAAUGGAGUCGUGAUUGCGUGAUAGUUUCUAUAACAAUGGCCAAUAGAGGAGCACUUGUUUGGGAUUUGGUACUGGUGAUAAUGCUUGAUAUAAUGACCGGCCAUCGGAUCGUCAUGUCCGUCUGACAUUUAUGACAGAUUAACUCUGGCGACACAUAAUAACUCACGGCACGCCAUCUAUCUAUUACUCGUAAAUGACGAAGUUAUUUUUGACAUUGUUAAGGGUGAAUUCAAUUAAUCGAGUACACUGAUUGACGUAUAAAUUAAAAGUAUAUAUUUUAUUCCAUAGAUAAUACACGCCGUUACGAUUUUUAUUUUUCAUGUGCA